AUGGCUCUUUCAUUCUCAAACAACGACAGUAUCCUAUUCACAGUACAAGUAACUAACCUAUCUGUUCUCGAAGCUCCCCUCACCCUCACUUAUAUAUUACGAAACGUCCUCAUCUCAAGGCGUAGAGGUCUCCCAUCACGCUUGUUCAUCGUUUGCGCCGUUCUAAAAGUUGCCCUUGGGUUCUCACCUCGGCAGAUUCAAUACUUAUCUCUACCAACUCGGGAGACAUACAAGAAGUGGAUACAACAGCAAAGUAAGGAAUCGGAGAAGCUCGGACACCAGCAACAUGUCACGAGACUUGUAUUUGACCGAGAGGUUUUAGAAGAUGGAAAGUCGUCGCUACUUUGGAUCGGCAACCGAAAGCAGGCAAAGAAGAUUGUUCUGUUCUUUCACGGCGGUGGUUACGCUGCACCAAUAACGACGGGACAUUUGGAUUGGUGCUGGCGAGCGUAUAUUCUUGCAGGGAUUGAAAAGGGUAUCGAAGUUGCAGUGGCUGUUCUUGAGUACACCUUGAUUCCUGAGGCGAGAUACCCAGUGCAGCUCCGCCAAGCAGCAAGCGGGCUUGCUCAUCUUCUACAGGCGGGAAUUUCACCUCAGGACAUUAUAAUUGGGGGAGACUCUGCGGGCGGACAGCUGACAGCCCAAUUACUCUGUCAUCUCCUUCAAUCGCAACGGACAAUCCCAGAAAUCACAUUAAUCAAUCCUCUCGCGGGUGCCUUUCUGGUUUCCCCAUGGGUAGCCCAGUCUACCGACGAUGCUUCACACAAAGAGAAUUCAGCCAUCGACAUGCUUCCAAUACCUGGUAUUGUAGCAUUUACCAAGGAACUGCUGGGCCCCGAUGCCAAACACGCCAUCUCAGCAUUUCCACUAGAUAGAGAUGAGUCUUGUUUAGCCGGAAUGACAUCUGUCCUGAGCCGGAUGUACUUGACUGCUGGAGCACACGAGAUCUUUCGAGAGCAGGUGGUUACUUUUAAGGAACGGGUUCAGCUUUUGAACCCCGAUCUGAAGUUGCGGUUUCAGUGUUAUGAGAACUGUGCGCAUGACUUUAUAGUAAUCGAGGAAGAAGAUGGAGAGUGCACCCAGGAUAUGAAGCAGUGGAUGGUUGAUAAUAUUUUACUCUAA